AAAAUCAUCAGGGAGCUUUUAAUGUUGCUCGCAGACUGGCUUUGCUCAGUUUCGCUUGAGGAUUGGCUGCAAAUGUUGCAGGGAGAGAGAAAGAGAGAAAGAUAAACAGAGUUAGAGAAAGACAGACAAGAGGAGGAUACAGUGAAAGGCAGACAAGAGCAGGAACAGCAACAUAAAGUUGGUGAGAGUCAGAGAGCUGGAGUGUGAGACAGAGCGAUAGAGGGAACAUGAAAUAUACAGAGAGACAGACAGAGACGGUGACAAGAAGAGAAAGGGGAAGCAGAGACAGAGAGAGGAAUUAAAUGUAACAGGAGCUGGAUCAGAAGGAAUUUGACAGUCAGCUGGUGGAAGCAGCAAAGCUGCAUUCCUGUCAGAGUUGUGUUGCUGGGUCUCGGACUGGUUCAGGUUCCUGCCUGAAUGUGGUUGGGACAGGAGGUAGACCAGAGAUAAACUCAGCAUUCAAACAGUGCCUGCCAGCCUUUGGCCAGGGUGGAGAGGAAGGCAGGCACAGGGAGUGGGUAGAAUGUGGGUACCAGCUCUCACUCUGAAUUUACUUUGGGUUUCGGUCAGUCUGACUGGAUCCAGCAGCCAGUGGCGAGGAGCGGACAGUCCACGUGGGCACUACCACCGUGUCCAGCAUGGGCACUGCACCUACACCUUCGUCCUGCCUGAGCCAGGUCACUGCAGAGCCAACAAGCAGCAGAAUACCAACGCUCUCCAACGGGACGCUCCACCCAGUGAGCCAGAUACCUCCCUACAGAAACUCCGCCAUCUGGAGACAGCGACAGAGAACAAUACCCAGUGGCUGCUGAAGCUUGAAGGCUACAUCCAGGAUAACAUCAGGUCUGAGAUGUCUCAGAUGCAGCAGAGUGCUGUGCAGAAUCACACAGUGACCAUGUUGGAAAUUGGCACACACCUCCUGAGCCAGACAGCUGAACAAACCCGCAAGCUCACUGAUGUUGAAGCACAGGUUUUAAACCAGACAUCAAGAAUUGAAAUUCAACUGUUGGAAAAUUCCCUCUCCACCAACAAACUAGAGAAACAACUGAUGCUGCAAACCAAUGAGAUCAGCAAAAUACAAGAGAGGAACUGUCUUUUAGAGAGGAAGGUCUCCGACAUUGAGGCCAAACACCGAGCAGAGCUGAGCUCCAUGAGGAAGGAGAAAGAGCUGCUCCAGCAGCUAGUGGGUCACCAGGUCAACACCAUCAGGGAGCUGGAGAAACGCCUGCUCUCUGCCAGCAGCAACAACAGUGGCCUCCAACAGCAGCAGCUUGAACUCCUCCAGACUGUUCACCACCUCAUUGCCCUCAUCUCCCAGGGCAAAGCCAUGGGUAAGAAGGAAGAUAAGAUCUUCAAAGAUUGUGCAGAUGCCUUGGAGUCUGGGGCCAACGUGAGUGGGAUUUACACAAUCCACAUUGAGAACAUGACAGAGCAUCGGAAGGUUUACUGUGACAUGGAGACCAGUGGUGGGGGCUGGACUGUUAUACAGAGGAGAGUGAAUGGCAGCACAGACUUUCAGAGGAACUGGAGGGAGUAUAAAAUGGGUUUCGGAGAUGGAGCUGGGGAGUACUGGCUGGGGAAUGAGGCCAUUUACCUGCUGACCAGCCAGCGGCUCCACUCGUUACGGAUUGAGCUGAGGGACUGGGAUGGAAACCAAGUCUACUCCUUAUAUGAGAAGUUCCACUUGAGCAGUGAGAAGCAGAAUUACAGGCUUUUCCUGAAAGGAUACAGUGGAACAGCAGGUCGCCAGAGCAGCCUGGCUCUUCAUGGGGCAAGUUUCAGCACCCGAGAUGCCGACCAUGACAACUGCCACUGCAAGUGUGCCCUGAUGUUAACUGGGGGUUGGUGGUUUGAUGCAUGUGGAUUGUCCAAUUUGAAUGGGAUGUACUACACAGUCGGAAACAACAUCCGAAAACUCAAUGGCAUCAAGUGGCAUUACUUCCGAGGUCCCAGUUACUCACUGCAGGCAACCACCAUGAUGAUCAGGCCUGGGGACUUCUGACAACGGCCAGUACACGGUGCUCCCCAGGGAGCUCAGACAACAAACCCUUUCUUUUCGGACAGAAAGAGAGAGAAAGACUGGCCCAGACACUGGUUAGAUUUGAUCAGUUACAGCCGAAGAGGGGCUCAGUGGGGAAUCUCUGCUCUGAGGAAUUUGCAUGAGAUGGCCAAAACUGAAGAUGGUUUCAAAAAUUAACUCCAGAGGAUCUCCUGCUCAGAACUAAUUCAAUUCAGAAGCUUCAGGACAAGUUUUGCAAAGAUUGUUAGCGACUAGUUCUGAAUAUUAAUGGGGAUUUUAAACACAUUUAAGCAAUGUACAUAUGCUUAUGAUAUUAGAAACAGAUACAUCCUUUUUUAGUUAAAAUGUUCACUAUAAUUUUGAUAAGGAAGUGGAACCCCUGAAAGUAAUAGAUUCCAAUUGGCUUGAAUUCCUACUCCAGAUAAUUGUGUAAAGAAUUUUCGGUUGGAAGGAACAGUUUUACCCUUUCAUGGAGGAUCGAUCCACCCCUGCAUUUCUCACUAUUUUUCCCUUCCUCUUUCAGCCCCAGAACACAACUGGAUAAAGUCAAUAGCCAUAUACAGGAGCAAUAGAAGUGAUUUGGGGUUGCUCUAGCAAGAAACCUACAUUGGAUUGAUGGCCUGUGUCACCAGAUUCAAAUGUUUCAAUAACUCACAUUUAUAUAGGACCCUUCAUCUUUAUAAAACACAUCCCAAGGGACUUCAGCAAUGGAAGUAAAUGGAGAACAGUAUCUCCAAACUAAAACAAAGAGAAAUCAGCUGAGUUGAGCCAAAGACUGGCUGAAUAAAUAACUGGGCAGAAAGUGAUAAAGGACGUGAAAGGUGAGACAAUAGACAAUAGACAAUAGGUGCAGGAGUAGGCCAUUCAGCCCUUUGAGCCUGCACCGCCAUUCAAUAUGAUCAUGGCUGAUCAUUCCUAAUCAAUAUCCGCUUCCUGCCUUAGUUAAGUCUAAGUUAGUGAGCAUGCUGAAGAGAGGGGAGAGCUGGCUAUCUUUAGUGCUUGGGGUGAUGGGAAAGUGGAGCAGACCAGAUGCCAAGGUCGCAGUGUACAAAGGGAGCUUAUCGGCUGGAGAAGGGUGCGGUGAAAAGCAUGAGGAAACCCCGUGGAGAUUCAAGGACAAACGUUAAUUUGUUAGAGGACAAGAAGCAUCAGAAUUUCUUGGGAACACCAGGGAUGGGAAUGACAGAUGAACGAGAUUUCGUGGACUUGUAAUAUUUCUCCAUUUAUCUUUUCUUCCCACUGACACUUUUUGCCCUGUGUACUGACACUGACAGGGGUUCAGGACAUUGUUAUGAUGCCAGAGCAGAUUGCCAGGUUUAUGUUAAAGACAAAAAAAAUGCAGAUGCUGGAAUCCAAAAUAGACAGAAGACUGAAAGAACACAGCAAGCCAGGCAGCAUUAGGAGGUGCAGAAGUCGACGUUUCAGGUGUAACCCUACUUCAGGACUGGCUGAACGGGAUGGGUUAAGUAAUAUCUUUUAGAAAUAGACAAAAUGUGAAAUCCCAGGGACUCUUACAUGGGAAAGGAACAGAAUGAGGCCAUUCGGCCCAUCGAGUCUGCUCAACUAUCCAAUCAUGUUUGAUAUGUUUCUCAACUCCAUUCUCCUGCCUUCUCCCUGUAACCCAUGAUCCCCUUACUAAUAAAGAAUCUAUCCAUCUCUGUCUUAAAUAUACUCAACGGUUUGAUCCCCAAAACCCUCCGUGACAUUGAGUUCCACAGAUUCCCCACCCUCUGUCUGAAGGAAUUGUUCCUCAUCUCAGUUCUAAAGGGUCAUCCCUUCACUCUGAGGUUGUGCCCUCAGGUCCUAGCAUCUCCUACUUGUGGAAACAUCUUCUCCAUGUGCCCUCUAUCCUCUCAGUAUUCUGUAAAUUUCAAUCAGAUUCCUCCACCUACCAGCCCCCCCCAGCCCCCACCCCUCACCCCCACCAUCCUUCUAAACUCAUUGAGUACAGGCCCAGGCUCCUCCUAUCACCCUCAUAGGUAAUUCCUGAUGAAGGGCUUAUGCCUGAAACAUAAAUUUUCCUGCUCCUCGGAUGCUGCCUGACCUGCUGUGCUUUUCCAGCACCACACUAUCAACUCUGAUCUUAGCAUCUGCACUCCUCACUUUCUCCUCAUUCUACAUGCCCUUCAUCUCCAGGACCAUUCUUGUAAAUCUCGUCUGGACUCCCUCCAAGGUCAACACAUUCUUUUUUAGAUACAAUAUUCCAAAUGCACUCUGAUCAGAUCCUUACACUGGUCUAUUCCUAGGCACUACAGAAAGUAACAGGCAUUGCAGUAAUAUUCCCAAAUGUUACACUCACAGAUUACUGGCUGACACAAUACAAAUGGAUACAGGGAAUAGAUUACAUCUCAACAGCUAUCGAAAAUAGUGACGGUAUUUAAGUUGGUUAACAACUGUGUCUCUUGUAGGUGGCACUCUUCAUCUCAAAACCUUUACAGAGUACAUCCCAUGGAUUUCUCAACAGCCUCUUGAAACAUUAGGUAAUAAGAAGGUUGGGAAGUUAAAGAAAAAGAAAAAUUAGGCUUUGACACACCCAGAACAGCAUUGUGGAAGUGCUCAUUAUUAGCUGUUCCUUCUUUCAGCUAAAACAACAAAUCAAAAUCCUGACACACUCUCAGGUCAUGCUGUGUGUACAUUGACUGUGAAACACUUUGGGACAUCCUAUGAGUCUUUCUUUCUUUUAAUCUGAAACUCCAACUCCCUAAUGACAUUUGGAAGGAGCCUGUACAAGUCCAGCUUGAUUAAUUUAUUGUCACAUGUACCGAAAAGUACAGUAAAAAGCUUUGUUUACCAGCAGUGCAGGCAGAUCAUAGUGAGCAAGGAUGUACAGAUCAAAAAAAACUUAGACAGAAGCACACAGGUAACAUUGCACAGGGCGUGUGCUUAGGGAGAUGAACGUUAACAAGGUCAGUGCAUUAUUUGAAAACAGACAGUCCAUUCAUCACUCUAAUAAUGGCUGGGAGGAAGCUGUACCUGAGCCUGCUGGUGACUGUGUUCAGGCUUCUGUAUCUUCAGUCUGACGGAAGAGGUUGUAAGAGAUUAUUACCAGGAUGCAAUUGGUCUUUGAUGAUGGUCAAAGUUAAAAAUCACACAACACCAGGUUAUAGUCCAACAGGUUUAAUCGGAAGCACACUAGGUUUCGGAGCGACGCUCCUUCAUCAGGUGGUUGUGGAGGACACAAAUUUCAAUAAAUCUGGGAUUGAAAACUAGUCUCAGUAAUGGUGACCAUGAUUGCAUUAUCUUUGUUUGCUGGAAAGACCCAUCUGGUUCACCAAUGUCCAUUAGGGAAGGGAAUCUGCCAACCUUACCUGGUCUGGCCUACAUGUGACUCCACACCCUUCAGAAUGUGGUUGACAUCUAAAUUAUCUAAGUGACACUAGCAAGCUGCUCAAUUCAAGGGCACUUAGGGCAAUGGAUGUGUGUGAUGCCCAUGAAAGAAAAAUAAAAAAGAAAGGAUUGGUGGAUUCACAGCACAAUACCGAACACAUUGCUGCAAACUGACUUCAGCUGCCAAUCACGCUCAGAGAGACCACUUCAGAAGUGAAUGAAUCAAGUGGCAUUGAUUGAGAAGGAUAAGGCCAAGGCUCAUUAGCUGAGCUAGUGCGGAGGGAAUGACACUCAGCACUCUCUCCAUAGUACCUGGUUUUCAAUGCCCAAGAUUGGCAAUGCCCCAAGAUGACCCUGGAUUCUCCAGGAAUUAAACAUUGCCCUCUUGGAUACUGCUGCGAGCAAUGAGAAAAAUCAAAUGGGCAUUAAAAUAAAUGGAAGCAUUUUAAUUUUUUAAAACUUUUUUAGUUCAUUAGUUAUGAGAAUAAUGGACAUGGUGAAAAUAUAGGUUGGAAUCCUUCAGUCGGGUAAGGAAGAGACUACUUAGUGUUCAAUUGUCAUGGGAAGGUGGGGGAAUCAUGCCAGGUGUAGGUGACCAAUGGUAGGAGAGUGGGGAUGGGUGGUUGGCAAGGGAUGGUUAUGCGAUGUUACCUUCAGGAAUGUUUGUAGAUCCCAGUUGGUGACUUUGUUCAGGACACCAGUAGAUUAUAAUGGAGGUGACAAUGAAACUAUUCACUUCCUUCAGUUCAAUUCUGCUAAGACCAUCCCAUUCAACACAGUCAGCUUAGUCUAUUCAAGCAUUCUUGUGUUGUGACUUGGAGGUGCCGGUGUUGGACUGGGGUGUACAAAGUUAAAAAUCAGGUUAUAGAUCACAGGUUUAUUUGGAAGCACUGAUGAAAGAGCAGCGCUUCCAAAUAAAUCUGUUGGACUAUAACUUGGUGUUGAGUGAUUUUAUUCUUGUGUUGGUUCUACUGCCCAUGUUUGUACAUUAGAGUCUCAGGAACCCAACAAAAACAUUCAGAAAUGAGUUGCUGGCUGUCCUUUAAGCAUCACAGUAAUAUGUUUUCCCACAUCAACUCCACAUAUGCCUCUUUGAAGAAUUAGCCGUUCUAAACUGAGGAGCAAAGUGUGGCCCCACUAUUAGGAGAGGGCUUCAGGAAUAAAAUGCAUAGUUUGUUUUUGAAGUUGAACAAGCCUGAAACAAGCAUCAGAAGUGGUGUUGAACAUCUGCAGCACUGUUGAGGUGUGACCCCAUGCCAACCCCUAGUGUGGGCAAAGUGUAGAGCCUUGAGCAGACUCCUAUCAUGUAGGCCUUCACUUCAUGGGUCAGUUGGCUGGACAGCUGGCUUGUGAUGCAGUGCUGCCAAUUGUGUGGGUUCAAUUCCUACACCAGCUGAGGUUACCAUGAUAGGUGUCUCCCCUUGCCUGAGGUGUGGUGACCCUCAGGUUAAACCACCAUCAGCUGUCUCUCUGUAAUGAGAGAGCAGCCCUCUGUUCCAGUAGGAUAACAAUGGCUUUCUUUGCAGUUGCAUGAUGCUGCAUGUUUUUGCUUUCCCUGGACCCAGACUUGAGUGGAAUGUAGCAUGUAGAUCGGAACUGCUUCGAAAGGUUUUUAUAAUUAGUCAAAAAAUAAACAAUAUUUGCUUGCA